GUAAUACUUUUAUUCUUCAUAUUUCAUCAACAGAGUCAUCGAUGUUCCGAUGGGUAGUGUGGUUACUGAUCGUUGCAAACGCCGCAAGCAGUAUUACUGCACUUGAAAUGAUUUGCUAUGCCGAGUGCUACAUUUCUAACUUCAAAACAGGAGGAGACGCGUUCGCGUUUCAACACAUAUCCAGCUUCAUUCAUGUACUGAAUAUGGAUAAUGUGCAGAUGAUACAGGUUGAUCGGUGGAUCCUGGAACAACUGCCACCUUAUGUACACACUCUAAAGAUAGUAAACUCUAAAAAGCUUCAACGUGUUAGUGUUUCGAAUGCAUUGGGCAGCCUACAUAUAAAAACGACUAAUCUGAAAAGGAUCGAUAUAGCUGCUAACAGUUCAUUAAACGUUUUAGUUAUUUCUGGUAGUGACCUAAUGCAAGUUCCACACGAUGUUAAAAAUGCACAAAUGCUAUCUAGUUUGAGAUUGCAAAAGAGUAAAAUCGGUGAAAUUGAUUUGGCAGCAUUUUGCGAUCACUCAGAUUUAAGUGAACUUCUUCUUGAUGGGAAUAAGAUACGCUACCUGGUGAACACGUCGACAAGAAACUGCAGCAUCUACGGAUCGUUGACUGGGAUACAGCUAUCAGACAAUGUGCUUACCACAGUAAACAUGGAGCUGUUCAAUGUGUUUGUCAACUUGAGCCAGUUGGAUAUACAAAUGAAUAAAAUCACAACGCUAUCGGGACGGUUGGCUCAUCGCUCUUUGGAAGUUCUUGCGCUGAAUGAAAACAAGCUUGGACAUGUAGACCUGUGCGGUUGGGAUGUGCCAUCAAUGAAUAUAGUUUCCUUUUCCGCAAACAACCUUACAACACUGCCGGAAUGCAUAACCAAUUGGACGAGCGUUUCACAGCUCAUUUUAAGCUUUAAUGAGUUUACCAAUUUCGGUAUCGAAAGUGUAGCGGGAAUGAACAAUCUGGAGUCGAUAGACUUAGAAUGUAACAAGCUAGCCGAAAUAGUGUUGAACAGUGUGCACUUUCCUCCAAAAUUAAAAGACAUUCGUAUUAGUCGAAAUUAUCUCACAUCGUUAGAUUUGUCGUUCAUACCGGUACGAUCGUUAGACGUAUUAGUGGUACAUAAUUUAAUCUCAAGUUUCGAUGCGAGCAACACCUCGCCAAAUGUAACACGUCUAAGAAUGAAAGGGAAUCAGAUUGACUGUUCGUGGGAAUCGUGCUUGGAACGAUUUUAUGGAGAAUGCAUUAGAAAUGAAUCAAUUAAUAAAUUGCGCGAAGAAAAUAUGAAAAGAUGCGACGACCACAUGACUAGGGUUUAUUAUGUAUAAAUAGGACUGAAGGGUACUGCUCGACAACAGCUUAUAAAAAGAUCGCCCAGCUCGUCGGUGUAAACAAGGUGCAUACGUUUCAUGUCCUACAUACGUCUUUAUAUAAAGAAGUGAAUAAACGUUCUCUUGC